AUGUCCUCAGCAGAAGACAGCGACAACCUUGACGGCCUCACCCCGGCGCAGCUCGAGUCCUUCCACCGGGACGGCUACCUCGUCAUCCCAGACGCCCUCCCACCCACCACCGUCACCGCGCUGCUCGACGAAACCCACCGCCUGCUCAACGAGGAACUCGACCUGUCCUCACACCCACUAACCCGCUUCCGCACGGGCGGCGACACGGGCGAGGACCACGUCGGCGACGCCUACUUCCUCGAGUCGGGCGACAAGAUCCGCUUCUUUUUCGAGGAAGACGCCUUUGAUGAGCACGGCAACCUGACCAAACCCAAGCACCGCGCCAUCAACAAAAUCGGACACUACCUGCACGGCCUGUCGCCGCCGUUCGCAGCACUGCUACUAUCCAACACCCGCCCCGCGGCCGUGGCGCGCGCGCUGGGCUACACCGACCCGCGCUGUCUGCAGAGCAUGGUCAUUUGCAAGCAGCCCGAGAUUGGGGGCGCGGUGCCGCCGCACCAGGACAGUACCUUUUUGUACACGGACCCGCCCAGCGCGGUCGGGUUCUGGUACGCGCUUGAGGAUGCCACGCUCGAGAAUGGGUGUUUGAGUUUCCUGCCCGGUUCGCACCGCUGGGCGCCCGUGGAGCGGAGGCUGGUUAGGAAGGCUGGUGGGGUAGGCACCGAGAUGGUGGAUAACAGGGGAGCUAGGUUCCCCAAGGGUGAAGGGUACGCGGAGGGGAUGAGGGCGGCAAGAGAGGGGAAGGGGGACGACGACGAGUACGUGCCCGCUGAGGUCAAGGCCGGGUCGCUGGUGCUGAUCCAUGGGAAUUUGCUGCACAAGAGUGAGAGGAAUACGAGCCAGAAGGGGAGGAUCAUUUAUACGUUUCACAUUAUCGAGGGUGCUGAAGGGUAUCGCUAUGAUGAGAGGAACUGGCUGCAGCCGCCGGCGGAAGGGUUUACGAAACUGUAUGAUUGAGGGAGGGCAUGGGAUAGGAAACUCCCUUUAUCUGAUAUCUCGGCAGAUGCCGGGCAGGAAUAGUGACAAUAUCCUAUGAGCGUUCGACAAGUCUGACAUAAGACCUAAGUAUAUACCAUGACCUCAUAGCCAGGAGUUUGGGACCCGAUUGACUGGACAUGGUGAGAGAGAAAUCAUCAAUUUGUGCAUCAGAAGACCAGAUCUGCCCUAAUCAUAC